AUGUCGUCUCUAACCCUCGAAGCCGCAUGUGAGCGCUUCACGUCGGUAAUCAGAAAUAGUGUGUGGGAUAAACUCCUGGACAAGUGUCUUGGGAGAGGCCUUGCGGACAGGUUGCAUAUAACGCGACUUGAGAAAGCACAUGAGCUUUCAGCUAGGGCGUGGGAAGCGGCCAUAGCGGAGAUGCGCAGUUCAGCAUCCAGUACUAAUGAUGAUCCGCAGUCAUCAAACGUGCCGACGCGACGCAGGACAAUCUGCACGUCUGCUGACGAAGAAUGGGAUAUGUUUUUUGGAGAGCUAGAGGAAAAUAGGUCGCUUAAUGAUAGGCCGCCAGACGAUGAAGAGGAAGAAGUGGAAGGGGGAAUGGGAACUGGGAAACUGGGUGACGGUGACGGUGACGGGGAUGUUGGCAAUACGAAAGCAACUAGACAAAAAGGUUUGCAUCUACCCCAACAUUGUCACGACCAAAUUCCUAAGCAGUCCUGGUAUUUUAUAGGUCGCUCUGGCGCCUCCUAUCCGAGGACAGGAAUUGGUCGGUAUCAUCAUGCAAAAGACGCCCCAAAAGAAUGGACGGAAGAACUUAUUCUUCACCAGUUAUCGUUCAUAACUCCGUUCGUCAAAUCGAAUGUUGACAAAGUAGCAGGCUAUCCUGGGUGGCACAGUUUAUAUUCAACACCUGGAAAUGAUCGAUUGGCAGAAAAGAAACCAAAAUCCUGCAGUGGGUUUAUCAUGAGGGAGACGGAAGGUAUUCCUGCGAGAGGAUUCUCCAAUUUAAGCACUGUAAUGUCUUCUCUGAGCUUCGCAGUUGAUGUAUAUAAGACCACUGGUUAUGAGUUGCCACUGUCACCUUCCUUGAUUGAAAGCGAAGAGCCAUGCGUUCCUGGGCCUGCUCGGCCCCCGAUCCGGAAGUUACCAGUUAUUUUCAUGGAUGGUGAUGAUGCUGAAUGUGCUGUCGAGUCUUGCGAUCCGUUUUCUCCAGAAGAGAGGACAAAUUUCCAGGACUUGGCUCCCGACAACGACUUGGAACAAUCAAAAGUUGUUUCGAAGGGCAAAGAAAAACAGGUUGACAUCUCACAAUACAGUGAGGAUGUUGAUGUGCCACCUUCAUUCCUUUUGACACAUGAGAAGGAGGAUGGCAGAGACCGAAUACCAACGGGGCAAAGGUCAAUUUGCGCGAUCAUCAAGCAACCCAAGCCCAUCAAAUUCGAUUUGAAAAAGGCGAUAAGACUAAUGCCCUGGAAGGUGCACUGGAAAGUACGCCGCUAUUUUGAAGCUAGAGAAGCGAAGAAAAAAGAUACACCGGGGGACCAAAUUGUGGCAGCAAAAUAUGCUGCGGCUCGCCGUCGCGAGCAGUAUGACGCAUGGAUUAAACGGGUGGAUUGCCGUAGUCGACCGCGGCUUGGUUGUCAAUCUGAACGUGAAUUCCCAAAGAAGUCAACAGCAACUGACCAACCCGAAUCUCAUGACACACAGAAUAUAUCCAUUAACACGGAGCCACUGUUACUCCCAUGUUCCCCAACAAACCCUUUUGAUCAGCUAACGCGGCGAGCAGGCUUACGACCCGCUUCUAAGGCUCUCUUCCCCAUCUUCAAGCCACUCCUCCCGCACACGACCCUGCCGGAAACAAUGGAGGAAACCCGGGAGAAAAUAGCCCGCGGCCUAACAGCUCUGAGGUCCUUCUUGGAUGGCAAAAGCUCCACGCCCCCAAUAUCCACUCUCCGUGUACAAGCCAAGGAACUCGAGAUCAAGCACGUAAAAAUGUACCGGAGGGAAGUCCCCGGUCUCUCCGCGCUCACAGGAUGCCACCCUCAACUUACAACUGGCGCCUGGGCGGGAUAUUACAAAAAGAGAGACGAGGAGGACAUGUUGCGCAGGCAGGGUCUUGUAGUAGAAGAAGAAGAAGAGGAAGAAGAGGAAGAAGCAGAAGUAAUCGAAGAUCUAGCAGACGAAGGUGACGAAAAUUGCGACGUUCAGCAACUCAUGAAGAAGAAACUUGACAGGCAGAAGAAAAACACAUGGCCACAACCGCCUAUGUACGCAGAUUAUAUGGAAACAAAGCUGGAUCAGCCGCUUAUCCAGCUCAUUCCCGAACCGCUCGAACUGCUAGACACUAUUGAUCCCGUAGUACCCACUGGCAUAGAUGCGGAGUACGGCAGAACUGUGCAUCCCAUAAGGAUAAAAGACGCUGAGGAGGCUUUGGACAUGGAACACUAUGCUACUUUUGCGGCAGGUGAGUUUUUGGCUGAGAUGUAUCAGGAGCCCAUUGAAGGAUUGAAGCAUUGGACGAUCCGAGAGGCUUUUACGUUUGCUGAGGACAACGAAGCUUAA